UGGGCAGCGGGCACAAGGAGGAAUAAAGAGGAGAGCACAGGAGGGACGAGUCUGCAGAGGGAGGCGCACUACUCUACUCACAAACUGGUUCAUUCCCUAGGAUUUGCUUUAGCACUUGGAGAAAAAUCAAGGGAGUGUACAAACAAGGAUCUUCAGGAGCAGUAAGAUGGAGUGGUAUGUGCUGGUGUUGAUGCUCAGUUUGCCCUCUCUCUCCUGGGCUGAUUGCUCGGAACAGUGUCUCAAAUGCGCCCUGCAGAUCUCCGACUCGCCUCUCAACCUGCUGACCUGUACGUUAGAGUGCGAAGGGACACUUACAUCCAGCAGUGAGCUGGAUCGGUGUGAGAAGAUUUUAUGGGAACGACCCGAGGAUGACCUGCAGGAGCCGACGGCGUUGAACCCAGUCAAGCGUUACGGCGGAUUCAUAAAAAGGAUCGAGAAAAACAAAAAAAACCUGCUCACUUCGCCCUGGAGGGAGAACGCCAUAGAGAAAGGGUCACUGGCAAAGAAAUACGGCGACGCCAUUUUAAAAGUGAUCGAGAGAAACGCGCCCGAGCUGACCGAGGACGUCGAAGGGGAAGAUGUUACCUCGGAGAACGAAAUGGGACUUUACGACAGUUCGUUUCCUCUGAAGGAGGUGAAACGUUACGGCGGUUUCCGGCGAAAAUUCGUUCCCAAAAGAAGCGAGUCUGAAGAAGAAACCGGCCAGCAGGAGCUGCAGAAAAGAUACGGAGGCUUCAUGAGAAGAAUCCGUCCUAAAUUAAAUUGGGACCACCAGAAGAGAUACGGCGGCUUUUUACGGCGCCAUUUUAAAAUUUCAGUGCGUUCUGACGAGGAGCCUUCGUCAUACGACGAAUUUGGUCUUUAGGGUGUUUUGUAAAAAAAAAAAAAACAGUAGCUGAACUUAUACAGGCUCAUGAAGUCUCAUGACUUUCUGUUGUACUAGCCAAAAAUCUGCUGCUAAACGUUCGGACCCCGUAUCCACUGUACCACCUGCUCUCUACGGCAGGCGCGUAGUAACACGCCGCCGCCAUUUUGCUGUUCGAUGUAAACAAAUAUGAUGCGUGCUGUAUUUUAAUGCUUGUUUUGAAAUGACAAUAAAGGGCGAGACCUUGA